AUGUCAGUGGACGUGGGCGUGAAGGAGGGAGCGUGUGCCAGGGACCCGGCUUCAGGAUGGGCCAUUUCCUCCAGAAAUAGGGGUUCCUGCAAUUGGCUUGCAGAGCUAUGCUCCCCCAGCAGACCCUCCCCACACCCUGGCUUCAGGCUGCUGCUUGAAGAAAAUACUUCGCAAGCUUUGACUGAGGAGCCUUUGUUCAAAAGGCCACGCACCACCUGUGACGCCCUGUCCUUGGGAGCAGGCAAUUUCCUCUGCCUGCCCUUCCCCAAGAAGCUGCGGAACAUUGUCAACAGCAAUCAGUUUGCAUCCAUUUGGUGGGAUGACGAUGGGACUUGCGUAGGCAUCGACGAGAAACUGUUCCAGAAGGAGUUUUUGGAGAGGCAUGGCCUGAACAAAGUGUUUGAAACGACUGUAUGAAGUUUCAUCCACCAGCUCGAUGGAAUCCUCUAUGGAUUCAACAAAAUUCUUCAGGAUGUCCUCCCAUCCAUGUGCCUGGCCAGCUUCUUCCCCGGAGACCCCAUGCUGAGCAAAGGGGCUGGAAAUCCCAGCAGCCCCGAUGGUGAUCGGGUGCCCGUGUCCCACUAUGGGCAGUGGCAACGGCAGCAGAGACCAAAAAUGGGGAAGGUGCUCCGGAUGUUACAGUUCUACAUCAGUCCCUUGUUUAAGGGAGCCUGCUCUCACCUCCUCGUGAGGAUGAAGAGGAGAGUGGGCAUUAAAUCUGGGUUAAGGCAGGUGGAGAGCAAGCCCGAAGCCCUGGGAAUUCCCCCAGCACCUGCAGCCACUGAACAACCAGAGGAACUCCCCACCUCUAAUGAGGACAAGCGGGAGCCGGUGAAUAGCCAAGAGCUUGACAGUCCUACUACCCCAGUCAGGAGUGAGUCUGCCCCUCCAGCCGUUCCAAGGAUGGCAGCCAGGCCCAACUUGGAUCUGGAUGCUGCAGGAGGCCGGCCGACCAGCGGCCAGCCUGAGGGCACCCAGGCUGCUGGUAGCUUUGCUGCCAUGCCUCCCAUGCUCCUGGCACCCCCAGACCAGCCCGGGGACAUGUGCCAUCUGCGCCCCUCCCCGUGGCUGGGCUGCUGCCCUCGUGCCAUCGCUGGAUGCCUGUCGUGGCUUCCAGACCUGCCGCCUCCAUGA